UUGAUGCUGCACCGUAACCAAUGAAACCAUUGAUGAGGUUCCCAGUCUCAUCUCCCUGCCCUGUGUCUCCAAAUCUAUUGACUGAACCAAAGUAUCUACAUCUAUGCAGAAUGUCUGCUUCAACUGCAACGAUCUUUGAUCCCGACCUUAAAAAUUGAAUCUUUAAACAAAGCCCAGAGCAAAGAUGAUAUUUUUUUGUGCGUGGUGGAGUUGAUCUGAAGCUUGAAGAAAGAAGGAAGGAUGUUCAUUGAGUGCAGAUUUGAACUCUCAACGCCUCCUUCACCCACUCCCAUGGCGGCGGAGAAGGAACUACUAAGCUCCUUUUCAGUUUUCAUUAGCAGGUUCCUUUAUUUCUCAUGAGAGAGAGAGAGGAAGAGAGAAAGGGGGCAGAAAAAAAUUGAUAUCGUUGGAAGCUGCAAGCUACUUUGGGCUCCCAAGAUUUCAGGGGAGGAACAAUCACAGCCGCUUUAUUAGUUCACCAUCUCCAUUCUUUAUUCGCUUCUUUUCUCCUCGGAUCUUGGCCGUUUCCUCGAGGAUCCUUCUUCGCGCGGCCGCCUUUCUCCUUACGCGGGUAGGUUUCUUCACCUUCCCCUCCAAGAUAAGAUUUUUUUCAAUCGCUUUCUUGCACAGCUAGAGAGCUGAAUACAACAGCAUUGUCGUCUGGUUAUUCCUCCCUAAGCAAAAUGAGAGGGGUCAAAGGAGGAGACGCCGGAGGCAGCCCGGUCGAGGCCCGGCAUCGGUCCGCCGGAAACCCAUCUAAUGGCUCUGCCAACAAAAGAGGGCCCCAGAGGAGCAGUGACUUCAAACAAGCUGACAAACCACUGGUGUUAAGGCCCUGUUCCAUACAACUCGUCCUAUCGAUCAUCAUCGGCGGCACCGUCUUAACGAUCCUCCACUGCCCUGUAGCUCACCGGAAUGAGCAUCGAUUGCGCACCGCUUCGAGGUUCAUCGACGUCGGAUGGAUUUGGGACAAAGCCAAACCUGAUCCCCGUUACGUAUCGAGCUCGGUCGUCGACUGGGCGCAGCUUCUGAAAUGCAUCAAAAACUUGAAUACUGAAGAGGAGAAUCUGAAGAUUGGCCUCCUGAACUUCGACGUCUCUGAGAUCAACCAGUGGCAUCGGCACUUCCCGCGCGCUGGAUUCUCGGUCAUACAGCUCGAUUAUGCAGCGAGCGACGUUACGUGGGAUGCCCUUUACCCUGAAUGGAUCGACGAGGAGGAAGAAUCGGAAGUGCCUUCCUGUCCCAAACUUCCUUCUCCCAGGUUCCCGGAAGGUUCCUGCUUUGACCUCGUCGCGGUCAAGCUUCCAGGGAGGAGCUGGCCGAGAGACGUCGCUCGGUUGCACUUGCAGCUGGCCGCCGCUGAAGUCGCCGCAGGUAAUUCCCGGCGAAGUCCGACUGCGCUCCACGUUCUGUUUGUGUCGAGCUGGUUUCCGAUCCCAAAUCUCUUCGCGUGCAAGAAUCUCGUGCGGCGGGAAGGCGAUGCGUGGCUGUACAAGCCGGAUUUGAGAUCGCUGCAGGAGAAGCUGCAGCUUCCUGUCGGCUCGUGCGAGCUCGCCCUCCCCGUCGAAGCAAGGGGGAGGCCGCGGUCAGAAACUCCUCGCCGGGAAGCAUACGCCACCAUUCUCCACUCCGCCGACGUUUACGUCUGCGGCGCCAUUGCAGCUGCCAGAAGCAUUCGCUUGUCCGGAUCAAAGAGAGACCUGGUGAUCCUCGUCGAUGAAACGGUCGGCGACCACCACAGAAGUGGGCUUGCAGCUGCGGGAUGGAAGAUCAAGACCGUCACCAGGAUCAGGAACCCGAAGGCCGAGCGGGAUGCUUACAACGAGUGGAACUACAGCAAGUUCCGGCUGUGGCAGCUCACGGACUACGACAAGCUCAUCUUCAUCGACGCCGACCUGCUCGUCCUGCGAAACAUUGACUUCUUGUUCACUAUGCCGGAGAUCGCCGCGACGGGCAACGACGGCGCGUACUUCAACUCGGGGGUGAUGGUCGUGGAGCCGUCGAACUGCACGUACCGGUUGCUGAUGGACCACAUCGAUGAGAUCGAGUCGUACAACGGAGGGGACCAGGGCUACUUGAACGAGAUCUUCACCUGGUGGCACCGCAUUCCGAGGCAGAUGAACUUCCUGAAGCACUUCUGGGUCGGCGACGAGGAGGGGAUGAAGGCGGCCAAGACUCGCUUGUUCGCCGCCGACCCGCCCGUCCUCUACGUGCUGCACUUCCUGGGGGUAAAGCCAUGGCUGUGCUUCCGCGACUACGACUGCAACUGGAACGUGGACGCGAUGCGGGAGUUCGCGAGCGACGCUGCGCACGCGACUUGGUGGAGGAUGCAGGAGUCGAUGCCGAAGCGCCUGCGGAGCCACUGCCUGCUGACCACGAAGCAGAAGGCGGGGUUGGAGUGGGAUCGAAGGCAGGCCAAGAGGGCAAAUUUCUCCGACGGGCACUGGAGGCGGAAGAUACGUGACCCGCGCCUGCGAACUUGCGCCGAGGAGUUCUGCAACUGGGAAAGCAUGCUGCGGCAUUGGGGCGACCCGAACUGGUCCGGUGAGAAUUCGACGGCGAUUGCGACCGGAAAAUAGGAGUUUUUAAAUUAAUAUUGGGAAUUAGAAUAAAUGAUAUUUUGUUAAGACUUCAAAUUUUUUUUUAUCUCUCUCCCAAUAAUCGUAUGUGAAGUGGGCAAAAAUAAAAAUAAAAAAGUUAUCCCCAUUUAAUAAAACACAAU